UUCCAGAGACUGAGACCAGCUCAGCAACUACCAACUCUCAGGCUGAAGCGCCCGUGCUCACCCUCCAACAUGAAGGUCUCUGCUGGGAUUCUGUGUCUGCUGCUCGUGGCAGCCGCCUUCAGCACCCAGGUGCUCGCUCAGCCAGAUUCAGUUUCUAUCCCAAUCACCUGCUGCUUUAGUGUGACCAAUGGGAAGAUCCCCUUCAAGAAGCUGGACAGCUACACGAGAAUCACCAACAGCCAGUGUCCCCAGGAAGCUGUGAUCUUCAAGACCAAAGCGGACAGGGAAGUCUGUGCUGACCCCAAGCAGAAGUGGGUCCAGAAUGCCAUAAAGCUCCUGGACCAAAAGUCCCGAACACAGAAGCCUUGAACCUUCAUACCUGGACUGAGAGACAGAAUCUUGGAAAAUCUUAUUUAUUUCUUCCCAACCUUCCCCAAGUGUAUUAUUUUAUUAUAAUGGCCAAAAAGAGGUUAUUUUUUUAAAAAAUAAUUUAAACACAUAGUUUCUUAAAUAAUAUUUAAUUAUGUUUAAGUUAUUGUUGUUUUAACUUUAUCUGCCAUAAAUCCUAAUGAAUGUAACACACAACAUCUGGUGAUGAGUUUCCUGUGAGCUUGAUUAAGUUCAUGGCAAGAUGGUGUUGUUCCCCAUCCUACUGCCUGUAGGAUGGUGAGGCCCUUCCACUGAUCAUCAGAGUGAAACACCUCUGGAAUCUUAGGAAAUCAGUGCUCCUGUAAGUGGAUGUGUGCUAUGUAGUAUUGUGAUGGAAAGUAAUGUUAUUACAUGGCUAUGGAAUUUUCAAAGAAAUAUAUAUAUAUA